AUGGAGGAGACUGCUAGGCCUAUAACGCAGUCACCACCAGAGUCUACUCGAAAUUAUAAAACUACAACUACAUUUUGUGAAUUCAUCUGUGCUGGCUGCCCCUGUGUGCGUCGAAGACGUCGUGGCUCGGCCCCCUACGUUAUCUCUGUUGCUGGCGAUGAACACGUAGGAGUGAAUCCUGACACGCGUCUCUGUGAGACGACAACGAGACCUAGUGACCCCUUAGCGACCUCCGAUGAUGCUCAACCGGCUCCAGUGGAGGAGUCGGUGCUUAAUCUGCCCGAACCUCCUGACAAACCAUUGACACCAAUCUCUGCUAACCAUGGGGAUGCCACCAUCUCCCGUUCACCGGCCCGACCUCGAAUUACUAACGUGGCCAGGCAACCGCCGAGAAUCGAGACUCCAAGUGAAUCCAAAGUAACCCUUGAGUCCGGCGCGGCGCCCAUGUUUAUGUGGCAUUUUGGCGACGAAGAAGACAGCAUUGAUAAUCAGCAUUCACAGGCCGACUAA